AUGGUGCCCUUACUGCUGCUGCUGCUCCUGCCGCCGCCUGUGCAGCCGCAGCUGGAGGAUGUCUGCAGGUGGGGGGUGGUACUCAACAAGUACAGCACCUUGGGAGAGGGCAGUGAAAAGUUUUUCCUUCAGCAACCAAUUGCCGCUGUAGACCACUUCUUCCACCAAAUGGAGGAUUCCCCCAUCGACCACAGGGAGACGUAUGUGGGCUUUCCUUACUUCAUGAAGAUUACCUUGCUUUGCUCUAAGAAUUCAGAAACCAUGAUCCGUUCGAGCUACUUUAAGGGCCUGGGCCCCAUUGUGCUGGUCAUUUUCUACUCUGUUGUGAAUUUCAAGAAAUGGAGGGCAGAGAGGCUGCAAAUCCAGAUGAAGGGGGCACCAUUCCAAACCCACAAGCUAUGUGAUGAAGAGGACAUAUGUAUGCCGAGUUGGUACACCCCGAUGCCCAUGAAAAACGGCAGUGUAAUGAUGGAAGUUAGGAUCUCCAGCAACAACCAGGGGGAGGUUGUUUUCAAUUCCAGGUACAUGAUAAAUAUCAAUGGGUAUCUGAAAAAAGACAAGGGCAAACUGAUCUUUACCCUGGGAAAUGAGGUCAGGGCCAUGACCCACAGGGACUUCAUCAAUGCACCAUCGAGGCCUGUCUGGGCUACAGUGGGCCAGGCUCCUGUGCUCAUCCUCGGGGGCAUUCCAGAUGAGAAGAUGAUUCUCAUCUCUGACUCCAGCUUCAAGGACAUCUCCAUGAUAGAGCUGAACAUCGAUAGCUGCUGGCUGGGUUCUCUUCAAUGCCCUCAGGACAAGUUUACAGCCUCCAUCUUUGACACCAUUUCCAUGGAAAGUGUCCUCUUCAUCCGACAAAAUCAACUCGUCUACUAUUUUGUUGGCAACUACUCCCAUGUAUCUGGAAAAUCAACCGGCAAUUGGAUCCAAGUCUUGAAGAAAUUGUGUAUCAAGAAACUUUGUCCUGUCCCGUUACCUGGCCGUGGCUCUGAGUACAUCGUGGCCUUGGCUGGGGGCAAAGAGGAGGGCUUCUUCCACUUUGGGACCAUCACAGAUGCCGCAGUGACUUUUAAGCAGUUGCCUGUCUCAAGCUCCAUAUGUGAAUUUUUUCGAGACCCAGAGUGCAAGCUUCAGUGGGUGGAGUACGACCCAGACGAUAAUGUAUUCUAUAUUCUUAUGGAGUCGCACAAAGACAGCCAGACGACAUUCAGAGUUGUGAAGUACACACUAGUUCGUAAAGACUACGAUCAGGAUUCUGUCCACUUGAUAUACACAGUUCCCCAUUUCAUCCCUGAGAGUGAAGAAAAGGACUUUGUGAUGCUUCUGGGCAUGGAGCAGUACACUGAACACCGCCUGGUGGCCAAGGGUCUCUUCUACAACCCUUUCUCCAACUUGAUGAUCAUUUGGGGCAAUGCUAUUCUGCAGAGCUUUAACAAUAAGAAUUACAUUUACCUGAGUGAUUUCCCAAAGGACUCCUCAAUAAAGUACAUAACCAGCUCCUACACAGGCCAAGUGGUCUGCGUCACUGAGACUGAGCAGAUCUGGAUCAUUUAUGAAGGCAGCUUCCAGGUGCAUCGUCUGUACCCAUCAAAUGGCUGGAACAUUCUUUUCGCCCUUUCCCAGAUGCAGGGCUCAAGCCGAUAUUCAACCAAUGAGACCUCAGUCAGCAUCUUCUUUGACCCUCUGGGUCUGCAGCAGCUAGUCUACCUGGUUAACAAGAAAGGGGAAGGAAAGCUGGUGAAAAGGCGUCUGCCAAUGAAUCAAAUCUUGGUGAAUGAGAUACUGAAACAGUCUCACUAUGGAAUCGAAAGUGACCAUCCCAUACAGACCCUCAGAUACACUGAGCCAUGCCCUUUCGAGGUGCUGAGGCUGUUUGAAGUGCAGAGCCCACAAAAAUACACACGGGUGGAGCGCUACCAUGCAGAGGCACCUUACGUGAGCUCUGAGUCUGGGUUCCACACCAAAGUCUCUUUGGCCAUCUACCAGGGCCUCGUCUACCACUUGCUCUUGCUGCAUGCCAAGUAUGAUAAGCCCUAUGCUGAUCCUGUCCAUGACCCCACCUGGAGUUGGUGGAAGGAUAAGAAAGACCAUAAGGAGUACUUUUUUUAUAAAGCCAGUAACUUUCGAACAAUGUAUGGUGCACACAUUGAAAUGAAUGGCUAUAGUAAGCUGUAUAAUUUGAGGUCCAUGAAUCGUCUGCCAGAACACAUCUACCUGGACAAGGGGACCAUCUACAGCUUCUCUGCUUACAUUGUCUCUUCGAAACUUUCCUCAGAAACCAUCUUCCUGGGCAAAAAGAGUCAUUUGCGUCUGGGUGUGAUAAUGGCCGACCCCCUGUGUGUGUCAGCAAGAGUGGAGCAGAAGAAUCUGGUUAACCGAAAUGCUGUCCUCUUCAAGGUGGUUAUGGAAGACAAACGCCAUUGCUUCAAUCAAAGUAUCAGUGGACACAACCUGAAGAAAACAUCCGUAACCGUUAAGGUGGUUGGCUCAACUGGGAAGUGCUUUCGUAGAACCCAAUAUGGAUAUCAUAUGCUGGGCUAUGCCUUGAUCCCCAUGUUCAUCGGCUGUCCCCCAGGCAAGCGGUUGGCCUUUGACAUCACCUUGACCAUUGAGCAGAGCAAGCAUACCAAUAAAAGAUACUUUGACUGCGUGCAUCCAAACCCUGAAAUGCCUUGCUUCUUCUUCAGUGAUCCUUUCUUCCCUUUCUUCCUGGUCCAAGACAUGGUGACUGGUGAGUCAGGAAGCUUCAAUGGCAGCUAUGUCCUGAAGGUGAUUGGAGGAGGAACUUCCCAGGAUCACAUUGUGGAUUACUCAGAGGCUGACAUCUUCCGCUACAACAGUCCUACAGACAAUACCGACAGCCUCAUCUGGAUUGCCAGGGACAGCCCGAUGGCUAGCGAUUCCUUUAGCAUCCUGAGCAGGAACAGCUCUGGCAUUGAGUGGCUGUGCCUGAGGAAUUCUCCUUGUUAUGACAUCGUUCCCCACUCUAUCUUUUCUCCUGAUUUCUUUUUCAAAAUCAUGGUGAGCAACAGGGGUGUGGACACCAGCACCUACUGCGAUUAUCAACUCAUCUUCAUCCUCCACAUCCAUGGCCUCCCACUCAGCAAUUACAGGGCCCGCCUUUUCUUGUGGAUAACCCUGUAUGCUUGCUUGGGCUCUGUCUUUCUCUACCUCUUGUCUUCCUUCCUCUGGCCACACUUAAAGAACUGCUGUGUACAAAUCAGGAUGAAGUUCACUGACCUCAUCACUACAGAGUCUUUCUAUACAUAUACAACAUCCGCCACUACUGUCCCCUCCAUGGUCAGCUCCAGGAUCAGUGCAGGAGACAGGCUUUCUAUCCGAAGAUCAAGAACCAAGAAAAACACUUGA